AUGGAGUUUGUCAGCAACGCCCCGAUGAUUCUGGGUUCUUUGAUCGGGAUAUUAUGCCUGCAUGCUUUAUACAGGCGUUUUACUAGUCCACUAUCGCGGAUACCGGGUCCUGAGAUCUCGAAAUGGACAGACAUUGUCUAUAUCUACUACUGGCUCAACGGCCGGAUACCAUUCUACAUCCAUCAGAUCCAUGAACAAUAUGGCCCGAUUGUUCGCACAGGUCCGAGUCGUAUUGAUAUCUGCGACAUCAACGCAGUCAAAGAAAUCCACAAAACGAACAGUCGUUUCCUGAAAUCUGACUGGUAUCGGAAGCUCGUUCCCAAUAACUUAGAGAAUGUGUUCACUACCACAGACCCGAGUCUCCAUUCCUCGCGUCGGCGUUUGUUGGCUUCGCCUAUUUCGGAUUCAUCACUGACGCGUAUGGAGCCUAUCAUCUCGUCGAGGGUACACAUGGCAGUUGACAGGAUAACGGAGGAGAUGGGGAAGCGUGGUGUAGCCGAUGUUUUCAAGUGGUGGCUGUUUAUGGCGACCGAUGUCAUUGGCGAGCUUAGUUUUGGAGAAUCGUUCCGGAUGCUCGAAGCUGGAGAGAAAACCCAAUAUAGCGUGGACCUCGAACAUAUCUCCAGUCUACAGCCAAUCCGAACUACCUUCCCAUUCCUCGUCAGACUAGGCAGAUACCUGCCACUACCAGUCUUCAAGCAGACCGCAGAUGCAGGAAAGAGAAUGGGAAGCUACUCAUUAAAAUCAAUCGAGCGAUACAAGAAAAUGAUUGCCGAGAACCCCAACGAUCCAAAGCCAACCCUCUUCACGAAAAUGUUCGACUCCGAGAAAAGCGGCCUCACCCACGACCAAAUUCGACAGGAGGCACAAGGAUACAUCGUUGCAGGGAGUGACACCACUGCCGUCACGUUGACAUAUCUCACCUGGGCUGUUUCUCGUGACACCCGCGUUCGAGACAAGCUGGUCGAAGAACUGGCGACCGUGCCCGAGCCAGUGGUUGAUCGUAAUCUGCGCGAUUUACCUUACUUGAAUCAGGUCAUCAACGAGACACUGCGAUUGUACACGGCCGUCCCCUUAGGUCUACCCCGGGCUACUCCCCCCGAAGGAGCCACGUUUAGUGGAUACUUUGUUCCUGGUGGCACCACGGUGUCCACACAGUCCUACAGUAUGCAUCGGGAUCCCACAAUUUUCCCAGACCCGCAUGACUUCAAGCCUGAAAGAUGGGAGGAAGUGACGAAAGAUAUGAAGGAUGCGUCGUUGCCGUUUGGAGGAGGCUCAAGGAUUUGUAUCGGAUUGCAUCUCGCUCGCAUGGAGCUGCGUCUUGGUACGGCGCUUUUCUUCAGGAAAUUCCCCCAUGCGCGCAUUUCAACUAAAGAAGGGAUGAAGGAGGAGGACAUGGUUAUGAAGUCUUUCUUUUUGAUGGCUCCGCAGGGUCAUCGGUGUUUGAUUGAGGCUUGA